AUGAAGCACCACACUCGUACAGAUUCUCGUUGUCUUCUUCGCGCCAUAAACGCGCCAUAUCGGCAGGUACUUCGGCAAGAGCACAAUCCUGUAGCAGUUCACCAUCAAUCUUUCCCAAAGCCUGGGGAACCGCAUGUAUAUCUGAGCUCAGCUGUAUCUAGACGGGGAGUAGAUUCUUUUGAGGAAGUGUUACCCUACCUCACACAAUGUCUCCAAAAGCAGGCGAUGUCUCGUCGCCAACGACCUGUAAAUCUUGACCCACUUUUUGUUCGUUUCCCUAAAGAAUCCAUGUCCUUGGACCGACGUGGUUUGAUAAACCCAGAUGCCUCUCGGCAUCAGUGCCCUCAAAUGUGUAGUCCAAAUGAUACUCCGAUACAAUCUCAAUCUCUGACUUCCCCUGUAUCCCAUGCCUGCGGCCUAUCAUCAACAUCACACUCUCCGUCCCCCCAAGGAAAUGCUGAUAAUCUCACCCCUCCAGCCCAACAACUUGAAUCGCCAGAACCACACUUUCCAGUUGUACCAAUUGAACAUCAGCUCAUUCCUGGUGCAGGGUUGUCUAUUCCAACCGACAAUCCAACUCUCAGCUGUCUUCAGGGCAAUGACUCCCAGCACAGUGCCCGUUGCAUGGAGCAUAAAAUUUGUGGACUCGAUCAAAUCAUGCAUUGGUUUGAUUCUCGCGGCUGUGAGCCUCUUCUUGCUCCCCCGCCUUGUGAGUCGCUUGAGUGUGGGGACCUCUACAUCCAUCAGUCACUUUCCACACUGAAUACUCGUCAGAUAUGGAUAUGGAGUGCUCAGGGGAGCUGGGAGGCUGCUCAAGAAAACCAGGCCCAUCCUCUCCUCCCAAUGCAUCGCCUCUGGUUCGGCGUAACUGGAGAACCUCGCUGGGUCACUCAAAAGACGAUAAGCAUGUACAAGGGACAGGUGCUUAGAGACCUUUUUUAUCUUAUCCCCACUGGCUUGGCCAUUUGUGAUCCGCCGAGUACGAGCAUGUCCGUGGUGUAA